AUUGCCGCAGGCAGAGAGGAAGAGAGAGAGAAAAGAAUCAGGAGGAAGUUAUCAGUUUGAUAUUGGUUAUGCAGACGCACAGUUUAUAGCACAAAGCUAUUGGGUCAUCUCAAAGUACAACUAACCAGACUUCGAAAGCCUUCGAGUCCGAUACGGAUUAAAACUCAACCAAACCACACCACAGCUCUGAGCGUCUGGAUUUGUGCGGGUGAGCAAACGGGUACAGAAGUAGCAGGGUUGAGUUUACUGGACGGGCUUCAAGGGCUUUCCAGGGAAACCGAAAGUUAGAGACACUGAGGAAAAGGACAGGGACAGCCAUGGAGUUGCAGGACCUCUCCCCAGUGGAAGAUCGAGUGGAGGAGGUGGAGGAGGAAGAGGAGGAAAAAAGACAGAUGCUGGAUGUUGAAGUUAAAGAAGACGAAUCCUGUGUCUACAAUACACUGAAAACACCCACGGAGGAUAUCUACUCUAUGGCUGUCAGGCCUUCGACCACAGACGGAGCAGACCUUCAGAUCCAUGGAAAACUGCGUAUGUACCGCGCGCUGUGUUUCCUUCUGUCCUUAAUAUGCCUUGUUCUGCUAUUUGUCGUCAUCAUCCUGUGCGUGAAAUUCCCCACGGAGGCUCUGGUCUGCCCAGAAAGAGAGAGAGAGGGGACAGAGGAGGCAGUGGUGAAAGUAGAGGAAACGCGCCAGUCUCCUCCGAUGUGCAGUCUUCAGAAAUGCAAAGCCCAACAUCCACAGUUUGGAACCCCAAGUUCACCCUGCCACCCGUGUGCGGAGGGCUGGCUGCUGUUUGAGGACUCGUGCUUCUUCCUGUCCAGGGAGCGUCAGAGCUGGGAGGACAGCAGGAAGAACUGCAGGGCCAUAGGAGGGGAUCUGGCUGUCAUAACCAACGACAGAGUGCAGAACUUUCUAACCAAGGAGGGGAACCUUUUAUACUGGAUUGGUCUGAGGUACAAGGCCGAACAGUGGACCUGGAUAACCGGUGCUGCAUUGACAAAGAGUUACUGGAAAGAAGGUGCCCCGGUAGAUGACUGUGGCUUGCUGCUUGGCAACAAGUUAACCAAUCAGAGCUGGAAUGCCUCACCGUGUUUCUACAGCAGUGCUUACAUCUGCCAGACCCAGAGGAGACACUUCUCGCUCCAAGCAGCCCUGGCCUAGCCCACCUGCCUGACCCCUGACCUCUCCCAGCAGCCCUGACCUAGCCCACCUGCCUGACCCCUGACCUCUCCCAGCAGCCCUGGCCUAGCCCACCUGCCUGACCCCUGACCUCUCCCAGCAGCCCUGGCCUAGCCCACCUGCCUGACCCCUGACCUCUCCCAGCAGCCCUGGCCUAGCCCACCUGCCUGACCCCUGACCUCUCCCAGCAGCCCUGGCCUAGCCCACCUGCCUGACCCCUGACCUCUCCCAGCAGCCCUGGCCUAGCCCACCUGCCUGACCCCUGACCUCUCCCAGCAGCCCUGGCCUAGCCCACCUGCCUGACCCCUGACCUCUCCCAGCAGCCCUGGCCUAGCCCACCUGCCUGACCCCUGACCUCUCCCAGCAGCCCUGGCCUAGCCCACCUGCCUGACCCCUGACCUCUCCCAGCAGCCCUGGCCUAGCCCACCUGCCUGACCCCUGACCUCUCCCAGCAGCCCUGGCCUAGCCCACCUGCCUGACCCCUGACCUCUCCCAGCAGCCCUGGCCUAGCCCACCUGCCUGACCCCUGACCUCUCCCAGCAGCCCUGGCCUAGCCCACCUGCCUGACCCCUGACCUCUCCCAGUGGCCUGCUCCACUCCUGGUCCAGUAGGGCCCACAGGGCAUUACGUGGUCCUGACUUUGACCAGCUUACUUGUUACUGUUGAUAAUCAUGCCAUGUUAUCUCAACUCCUGUUCUACAGGUUUUAAAUCAAUUAUUACAAAAUCUAUGUUUUAACACGUGUCUUAACACAUAAUUGUAGUGAUGAUUUUGUGUCAAAUUCAAUCAUUUUGUGCCUGGUUGUGCUGUAAUGUUUAUCAAUAAUGUACUGUAGAAUGUGCACUUGAAAUGCUGCAUUAGAAUCUAAUAUUAUAGAACUUUAUUGCUCAGUUUUAUCAAACCUUUUAUUGAAAUGUAGAUUUAUUUGCUUUCUGGCAUAGAACUUAGAUUUUUUUUAUAUAUAGACAAUCAUUUUGUACGGUGUUCAAAGUAACUAAAUAAAUAAAGAUGGUGUUUUGAUUUACUAC